AUGCCUCCAAAAAAGAAGUCUCUGCUCAAGGUUAUUAUCUUGGGGGACAGCAGCGUGGGCAAGACUUCUUUAAUGAACCAGUAUGUCAACAAGAAGUUUUCGAAUCAAUACAAAGCCACAAUACAAGUGCCCGGUGCGAGGGGCAUGUGCACAGUUGGGGCCGACUUCUUGACAAAGGAUGUCAUAAUUGAUGACAAGGAAGUAACCAUCCAAAUCUGGGACACGGCAGGCCAAGAGCGCUUCCAGAGUCUAGGAGUCGCUUUCUACCGUGGAGCAGACUGCUGCGUCUUGGUCUUCGAUGUGACAAAUCCCAAGUCCUUCGAUAGCCUUGAAUCAUGGAAAGAUGAGUUCCUUAUUCAGUCUUCUCCGUCGGACCCAGAUGCCUUUCCUUUCGUUGUUCUUGGCAAUAAGGUCGAUGAAAAGGAGAAGCGCAGAGUGUCGGCAGCCAAGGCGGAAGCCUUUUGUGGAUCGAAGAUUAGCUACUUUGAGACAAGCGCCAAACAAGCGACGAAUGUCAACGCAGCAUUUGAAGAAAUCGCUCGCAAGGCCAUGCAACACGAGAUCAAGCAGGAGCAAAUCUACCUGCCGGAAACGUUGACGCUCACAAAUCAGGAAAUUCGCCCUCAGCAAGUUCAAUCUGGCGGCGGCUGCUGCUGA